AUGGCGAGGACUAGCGAUGGCAACAGCGCUGGACGACUGCUUCGCGUGUUAGGAGACUGCGAACUCUUCCACAUGGAGGCAGCGAUGGUCAGUGUCAAACCCAGGACCAGCUCUGAGUCUUUGCUAAAACCUAGUGGCGGGGACAACGUGGACGUGCUGAAACGCACUCCUGAGAUUGUUCACGUGUUAGUCCACAUCAACUACGGUGUGUUUUACUGUUAA